AUGAUUGGUCUUGCAGCCAACAACUUCACAAACAACAUCAGCAACCACUUCAGCCACUACAUCUGCAACAACAUCAGCUACCAAUUCAGCCACUACGUCUCCAACGACAUCAGCGACCACAUCAGCUACUACUUCAGCCACUACUUCAGCCACAACGUCGGCUACAACGUCCAUCACAACUACAACAACCUCUGCAACUACGUCACCUACUACGUCUGCAACUACAUCUGCCACAACGUCACUCACCACUUCAGCAACAACAUCAGCUACCACUUCAGCUACAACCUCUGCGACAAUCUCUCCAACAACAUCAGCUACCACUUCAGCUACAACCUCAGCCACUACUUCUGCAACUACAUCUGCAACAACAUCAGCCACUACUUCCGCCACUUCUUCAGCCACAACGUCGGCUACAACGUCCAUCACAACUACAACAACCUCUGCAACUACGUCACCUACUACGUCUGCAACUACAUCUGCGACAACGUCAGUAACCACUUCAGCUACAACAUCAGCUACCACUUCAGCUACAACCUCUGCGACAACCUCUCCAACAACAUCAGCAACCACUUCAGCUACCACUUCAGCCACUACUUCUGCAACUACAUCAGCGACAACGUCAGCCACUACAACAACCUCUGCAACUACGUCACCUACUACGUCUGCAACAACAUCAGCCACUACGUCUGCAACGACAUCAGCGACCACAUCAGCUACUACUUCCGCCACUACUUCAGCCACAACGUCGGCUUCAACGUCCAUCACAACUUCAACAACCUCUGCAACUACGUCACCUACUACGUCUGCAACUACAUCAGCCACAACGUCACUCACCACUUCAGCAACAACAUCAGCUACCACUUCAGCUACAACCUCUGCGACAAUCUCUCCAACAACAUCAGCUACCACUUCAGCUACAACCUCAGCCACUACUUCUGCAACUACAUCUGCAACAACAUCAGCCACUACGUCUACAACGACAUCACCGACCACAUCAGCUACUACUUCCGCCACUACUUCAGCCACAACGUCGGCUACAACGUCCAUCACAACUACAACAACCUCUGCAACUACGUCACCUACUACGUCUGCAACUACAUCUGCCACAACGUCAGUAACCACGUCAGCAACAACAUCAGCUACCACUUCAGCUACAACCUCUGCGACAACCUCUCCAACAACAUCAGCAACCACUUCAGCCACUACUUCUGCAACUACAUCUGCAACAACGUCAGCCACUACAACAACCUCUGCAACUACGUCACCUACUACGUCUGCAACAACAUCAGCGACUACGUCUGCAACGACAUCACCGACCACAUCAGCUACUACUUCAGCCACAACGUCGGCUACAACGUCCAUCACAACUACAACAACCUCUGCAACUACGUCACCUACUACGUCUGCAACUACAUCUGCCACAACGUCAGUAACCACUUCAGCAACAACAUCAGCUACCACUUCAGCUACAACCUCUGCGACAACCUCUCCAACAACAUCAGCAACCACCUCAGCUACCACUUCAGCCACUACUUCUGCAACUACAUCUGCAACAACGUCAGCCACUACAACAACCUCUGCAACUACGUCACCUACUACGUCUGCAACAACAUCAGCCACUACGUCUGCAACGACAUCAGCGACCACAUCAGCUACUACUUCAGCCACAACGUCGGCUACAACGUCCAUCACAACUACAACUACCUCUGCAACUACGUCACCUACUACGUCUGCAACUACAUCUGCCACAACGUCAGUAACCACUUCAGCAACAACAUCAGCUACUACUUCAGCUACAACCUCUGCGACCACCUCUCCAACAACAUCAGCAACCACUUCAGCCACUACUUCUGCAACUUCAUCUGCAACAACGUCAGCUACUACAACUACCUCUGCAACUACGUCACCUACUACGUCUGCAACAACAUCAGCCACUACGUCUGCAACGACAUCACCGACCACAUCAGCUACUACUUCAGCCACUACUUCAUCCACAACGUCGGCUCCAACGUCCAUCACAACUACAACAACCUCUGCAACUACGUCACCUACUACGUCUGCAACAACAUCAGCCACUACGUCUGCAACGACAUCAGCGACCACAUCAGCUACUACUUCAGCCACUACUUCAGCCACAACGUCGGCUACAACGUCCAUCACAACUACAACAACCUCUGCAAUUACGUCACCUACUACGUCUGCAACAACAUCAGCCACUACGUCUGCAACGACAUCAGCGACCACAUCAGCUACUACUUCAGCCACAACGUCGGCUACAACGUCCAUCACAACUACAACAACCUCUGCAACUACGUCACCUACUACGUCUGCAACAACAUCUGCCACAACGUCAGUAACCACUUCAGCAACAACAUCAGCUACCACUUCAGCUACAACCUCUGCGACAACCUCUCCAACAACAUCAGCAACCACCUCAGCUACCACUUCAGCCACUACUUCUGCAACUACAUCUGCAACAACGUCAGCCACUACAACAACCUCUGCAACUACGUCACCUACUACGUCUGCAACAACAUCAGCCACUACGUCUGCAACGACAUCAGCGACCACAUCAGCUACUACUUCCGCCACUACUUCAGCCACAACGUCGGCUACAACGUCCAUCACAACUACAACAACCUCUGCAACUACGUCACCUACUACGUCUGCAACUACAUCUGCCACAACGUCAGUAACCACUUCAGCAACAACAUCAGCUACCACUUCAGCUACAACCUCUGCGACAACCUCUCCAACAACAUCAGCAACCACUUCAGCUACCACUUCAGCCACUACUUCUGCAACUACAUCUGCAACAACGUCAGCCACUACAACAACCUCUGCAACUACGUCACCUACUACGUCUGCAACAACAUCAGCCACUACGUCUGCAACGACAUCAGCGACCACAUCAGCUACUACUUCCGCCACUACGUCAGCCACAACGUCGGCUACAACGUCCAUCACAACUACAACAACCUCUGCAACAACAUCAGCUACCACUUCAGCUACAACCUCUGCGACAACCUCUCCAACAACAUCAGCAACCACUUCAGCCACUACUUCUGCAACUACAUCUGCAACAACGUCAGCCACUACAACAACCUCUGCAACUACGUCACCUACUACGUCUGCAACAACAUCUGCCACAACGUCAGUAACCACUUCAGCAACAACAUCAGCUACCACUUCAGCUACAACCUCUGCGACAACCUCUCCAACAACAUCAGCAACCACUUCAGCUACCACUUCAGCCACUACUUCUGCAACUACAUCUGCAACAACGUCAGCCACUACAACAACCUCUGCAACUACGUCACCUACUACGUCUGCAACAACAUCAGCCACUACGUCUGCAACUACAUCAGCGACCACAUCAGCUACUACUUCCGCCACUACUUCAGCCACAACGUCGGCUACAACGUCCAUCACAACUACAACAACCUCUGCAACUACGUCACCUACUACGUCUGCAACAACAUCUGCCACAACGUCAGUAACCACUUCAGCAACAACAUCAGCUACCACUUCAGCUACAACCUCUGCGACAACCUCUCCAACAACAUCAGCAACCACCUCAGCUACCACUUCAGCCACUACUUCUGCAACUACAUCUGCAACAACGUCAGCCACUACAACAACCUCUGCAACUACGUCACCUACUACGUCUGCAACAACAUCAGCGACUACGUCUGCAACGACAUCAGCGACCACAUCAGCUACUCCUUCCGCCACUACUUCAGCCACAACGUCGGCUACAACGUCCAUCACAACUACAACAACCUCUGCAACUACGUCACCUACUACGUCUGCAACAACAUCAGCCACUACGUCUGCAACGACAUCAGCGACCACAUCAGCUACUACUUCCGCCACUACUUCAGCCACAACGUCGGCUACAACGUCCAUCACAACUACAACAACCUCUGCAACUACGUCACCUACUACGUCUGCAACAACAUCAGCCACUACGUCUGCAACGACAUCAGCGACCACAUCAGCUACUACUUCAGCCACAACGUCGGCUACAACGUCCAUCACAACUACAACAACCUCUGCAACUACGUCACCUACUACGUCUGCAACUACAUCUGCCACAACGUCAGUAACCACUUCAGCAACAACAUCAGCUACCACUUCAGCUACAACCUCUGCGACAACCUCUCCAACAACAUCAGCAACCACUUCAGCUACCACUUCAGCCACUACUUCUGCAACUACAUCUGCAACAACGUCAGCCACUACAACAACCUCUGCAACUACGUCACCUACUACGUCUGCAACAACAUCAGCGACUACGUCUGCAACGACAUCAGCGACCACAUCAGCUACUACUUCCGCCACUACUUCAGCCACAACGUCGGCUACAACGUCCAUCACAACUACAACAACCUCUGCAACAACAUCAGCUUCCACUUCAGCUACAACCUCUGCGACAACCUCUCCAACAACAUCAGCAACCACUUCAGCCACUACUUCUGCAACUACAUCUGCAACAACGUCAGCCACUACAACAACCUCUGCAACUACGUCACCUACUACGUCUGCAACAACAUCAGCCACUACGUCUGCAACGACAUCACCGACCACAUCAGCUACUACUUCAGCCACAACGUCGGCUACAACGUCCAUCACAACUACAACAACCUCUGCAACUACGUCACCUACUACGUCUGCAACUACAUCUGCCACAACGUCAGUAACCACUUCAGCAACAACAUCAGCUACCACUUCAGCUACAACCUCUGCGACAACCUCUCCAACAACAUCAGCAACCACUUCAGCUACCACUUCAGCCACUACUUCUGCAACUACAUCUGCAACAACGUCAGCCACUACAACAACCUCUGCAACUACGUCACCUACUACGUCUGCAACAACAUCAGCCACUACGUCUGCAACUACAUCAGCGACCACAUCAGCUACUACUUCCGCCACUACUUCAGCCACAACGUCGGCUACAACGUCCAUCACAACUACAACAACCUCUGCAACUACGUCACCUACUACGUCUGCAACAACAUCUGCCACAACGUCAGUAACCACUUCAGCAACAACAUCAGCUACCACUUCAGCUACAACCUCUGCGACAACCUCUCCAACAACAUCAGCAACCACCUCAGCUACCACUUCAGCCACUACUUCUGCAACUACAUCUGCAACAACGUCAGCCACUACAACAACCUCUGCAACUACGUCACCUACUACGUCUGCAACAACAUCAGCCACUACGUCUGCAACGACAUCAGCGACCACAUCAGCUACUACUUCAGCCACAACGUCGGCUACAACGUCCAUCACAACUACAACAACCUCUGCAACUACGUCACCUACUACGUCUGCAACUACAUCUGCCACAACGUCAGUAACCACUUCAGCAACAACAUCAGCUACCACUUCAGCUACAACCUCUGCGACAACCUCUCCAACAACAUCAGCAACCACUUCAGCUACCACUUCAGCCACUACUUCUGCAACUACAUCUGCAACAACGUCAGCCACUACAACAACCUCUGCAACUACGUCACCUACUACGUCUGCAACAACAUCAGCCACUACGUCUGCAACGACAUCAGCGACCACAUCAGCUACUACUUCAGCCACAACGUCGGCUACAACGUCCAUCACAACUACAACAACCUCUGCAACUACGUCACCUACUACGUCUGCAACUACAUCUGCCACAACGUCAGUUACCACUUCAGCAACAACAUCAGCUACUACUUCAGCUACAACCUCUGCGACAACCUCUCCAACAACAUCAGCAACCACUUCAGCUACCACUUCAGCCACUACUUCUGCAACUACAUCUGCAACAACGUCAGCCACUACAACAACCUCUGCAACUACGUCACCUACUACGUCUGCAACAACAUCAGCCACUACGUCUGCAACUACAUCAGCGACCACAUCAGCUACUACUUCCGCCACUACUUCAGCCACAACGUCGGCUACAACGUCCAUCACAACUACAACAACCUCUGCAACUACGUCACCUACUACGUCUGCAACAACAUCUGCCACAACGUCAGUAACCACUUCAGCAACAACAUCAGCUACCACUUCAGCUACAACCUCUGCGACAACCUCUCCAACAACAUCAGCAACCACCUCAGCUACCACUUCAGCCACUACUUCUGCAACUACAUCUGCAACAACGUCAGCCACUACAACAACCUCUGCAACUACGUCACCUACUACGUCUGCAACAACGUCAGCCACUACGUCUGCAACGACAUCAGCGACCACAUCAGCUACUACUUCAGCCACAACGUCGGCUACAACGUCCAUCACAACUACAACAACCUCUGCAACUACGUCACCUACUACGUCUGCAACUACAUCUGCCACAACGUCAGUAACCACUUCAGCAACAACAUCAGCUACCACUUCAGCUACAACCUCUGCGACAACCUCUCCAACAACAUCAGCAACCACUUCAGCUACCACUUCAGCCACUACUUCUGCAACUACAUCUGCAACAACGUCAGCCACUACAACAACCUCUGCAACUACGUCACCUACUACGUCUGCAACAACAUCAGCCACUACGUCUGCAACGACAUCAGCGACCACAUCAGCUACUACUUCAGCCACGACGUCGGCUACAACGUCCAUCACAACUACAACAACCUCUGCAACUACGUCACCUACUACGUCUGCAACUACAUCUGCCACAACGUCAGUAACCACUUCAGCAACAACAUCAGCUACCACUUCAGCUACAACCUCUGCGACAACCUCUCCAACAACAUCAGCAACCACUUCAGCCACUACUUCUGCAACUUCAUCUGCAACAACGUCAGCCACUACAACAACCUCUACAACUACGUCACCUACUACGUCUGCAACAACAUCAGCCACUACGUCUGCAACGACAUCAGCGACCACAUCAGCUACUACUUCCGCCACUACUUCAGCCACAACGUCGGCUACAACGUCCAUCACAACUACAACAACCUCUGCAACUACGUCACCUACUACGUCUGCAACAACAUCAGCCACUACGUCUGCAACGACAUCAGCGACCACAUCAGCUACUACUUCCGCCACUACUUCAGCCACAACGUCGGCUACAACGUCCAUCACAACUGCAACAACCUCUGCAACUACGUCACCUACUACGUCUGCAACAACAUCAGCCACUACGUCUGCAACGACAUCACCGACCACAUCAGCUACUACUUCAGCCACAACGUCGGCUACAACGUCCAUCACAACUACAACAACCUCUGCAACUACGUCACCUACUACGUCUGCAACUACAUCUGCCACAACGUCAGUAACCACUUCAGCAACAACAUCAGCUACCACUUCAGCUACAACCUCUGCGACAACCUCUCCAACAACAUCAGCAACCACUUCAGCUACCACUUCAGCCACUACUUCUGCAACUACAUCUGCAACAACGUCAGCCACUACAACAACCUCUGCAACUACGUCACCUACUACGUCUGCAACAACAUCAGCGACUACGUCUGCAACGACAUCAGCGACCACAUCAGCUACUACUUCCGCCACUACUUCAGCCACAACGUCGGCUACAACGUCCAUCACAACUACAACAACCUCUGCAACAACAUCAGCUACCACUUCAGCUACAACCUCUGCGACAACCUCUCCAACAACAUCAGCAACCACUUCAGCCACUACUUCUGCAACUACAUCUGCAACAACGUCAGCCACUACAACAACCUCUGCAACUACGUCACCUACUACGUCUGCAACAACAUCAGCGACUACGUCUGCAACGACAUCACCGACCACAUCAGCUACUUCUUCAGCCACAACGUCGGCUACAACGUCCAUCACAACUACAACAACCUCUGCAACUACGUCACCUAUUACGUCUGCAACUACAUCUGCCACAACGUCAGUAACCACGUCAGCAACAACAUCAGCUACCACUUCAGCUACAACCUCUGCGACAACCUCUCCAACAACAUCAGCAACCACUUCAGCCACUACUUCUGCCACAACGUCAGUAACCACUUCAGCAACAACAUCUGCAACAACCUCAGCUACAACCUCAAACAUUAAAUGCCGCUACAGUGAGCUGACAACCACCGCCAAGCGUAUGGUGGGUGGCUCGGACGUCACUUCGUGUACAACUCCAGGAUUCGUACAUU